UUUUAACGCACGGCUACGCUCUUAGGCUACAAGAGUUAAGAUUAGUAAUCGCAUUUCUCAUAGAUAAGAUAACACAAAUUAACGAGUUGAUUUAAUUCAACGUUCUAACCAAGUACGCAAUCACGGUGUGUGCAUAUACUAAGCUUCGAAAUCCUUCACGUGUGUGGAAUUUAGUGUCCAAACGCCCGUCUGAAAGUCAACAAUAGAAAUUAACUGCAACAAGUGGAAGAGUUUAUAAAUUAUUAACCAGAAAUUCAAUUUGACAAACAAAAAUAAAACCGCCUGUGUUGCGUGCACCACGAUAAGGCCUUAAACUGGAUUGGGAUAGUGAUUUUGAUAGCUUUGACGAUUUCGCCAUGGAUUUCUGGGGGAUUUUCAUGUUUUUCCUGUUAACGUUCCUCAUAAUGAGCUGUUGCGGCUACUGCUGUACGACCAAACGUCGAGGCACUGUGCUCUCAACACCCGUUGUAGUCACAUCGGCCACGCACACAGCCCCUGGCGGCUAUCCCGUUACACAGAUACCAGCCACAACAUAUCAACCGAACGCCUACGGAACACCCUAUCCCGCCCAGACCGCAGGCAAUGUGACCGUGCAGAUGCCCAUGGGCAUGCCCAUGCCAGGGGGACAGCCAGCAAUGCCAGCAAUGCCACCGCAAAUGGGAACAGCAGGAGCUUAUCCGCCGACGAUGCCACCGGGCGGUGGUGCUGUCAACAUGAAUCCACCGUCAUAUGACAUGGCCAUGGCUAAUCCGGGACCGAGUGUUGUGCCCGGCACCUAUGAGAAGCAAAUGCCCUACAAUCCCAACUAUGCACAAUAGGCAUUGUGCGGCCCUCAACUCAUCUAUCUGGACAAUUGCGAAUCGUCGAUUCCUUUAAUAUGAUUUAGUUUUGUUUAUCCUAUUGCGAUCAUUUCCAUAUA